AAUUGCACUUGCUUCACACGAUCUUUCUUUGAUAUUACAGUGCUAGUCAUAUUGUCGCCUGCAGGGGCUGAGUCCAGACAAUGCUGGACUUUAUGGACUACAUCCAGCUAUCCUUCGCCGAGGCGACCCACUGGAAUCGCGACAACUCGUACUCUUCACUCAACACCACCGCUCAAUCGAUCCUGGACUUCUCGACCCCCGAACGGUUGCGCGUUCAUCUUUCGUCACUGUCCACUCCCCAUUUUGCGACCAGUUACACACUCGGCACCGUUGGAUUGCUCGAUGGAUCUGUUUCAUAUCUAUUUAGUACCGUGCCAUUCAACAACCUACCAAGUGGAAGUGCAUCAAUCCCGCUUCGAAAGAUAUCCCCGGGAUACCGCCAAGUACAGGCCCCCGCGGCCCCGAUCCAGACCUGGGGAUGGGAUUCACUAUUAGACGGCGUGAGCAUUCCCGGACUCAAAGACGGAAGUCGCCCAGAAUCACCAAAUCCUAAAGAUGGAGAAAAUAGCAGAGAAAAUGAGGCAAAGCGGAAAGCUACUCUGCUCCAUGCUUCUCUCCAUCUUCCACCUCCCUCCACUCUAUAUGCGCUCUUUCUACGCAGAAUCUCUACCAAUAUGCAGCUGUCACUAGCUGUUUGCUCAACCCAGGGACCGCCACAAUCCAAGUCCGCGCCCCAGGCCUCAAUGCUUACCCAGCUAUCCCACGACACGGGCAAGUACAGCAAUGAGUACCUAUUCAGCACCGACAACGCCCUGUUCGGUUGGCGCGGACUCUGGAAUUUCGGCCCAGAUCCUCGAUACACUCGCGCUGAUGUCCCGCCGCCAUUGUCCCUCCUCUCGGCAGGCGCAGAGGCAUACUAUUCCCCGAUCUCAUCACUGAUUGGCAUGUCAACCGGUCUGCGAUUCACCACAUUACCCGCAGCCACAGAGGUCCCGCCAUCAUCAUCACCUUCCAGCACCCGAACACCCAUAUCAACCUUCCCCUACACUCUAACACUAACAUUGGCCCCGAUUGUGGGCUCUUUAUCUACAACCUACUCUCUCCGCGCCUCGCCUAACCUCGCCUUCAGCUCUCGCUUUGGCUUCAACGUCUACAGCUGGGAAAGCGAAAUGGUCGCUGGCUGCGAGCUGUGGCGUCAAACCAAGAAAUCCAGCUCCUCCAGUGACGACGAUCUCCAAUGGGCCCGCCGCAAAAUGCGUAUGCAUGACUUCGGCGUUUCCCUGCCUGGCUCGCCGACUUCCCCGCUCCUAGAGGACCCGACUCGUCCCGAGGGCCCCAUGGGCUCUAGCGCUCACAGCGAGGCCGAGACGAGUGACUCUGUCAUUAAGCUGCGCAUUGAUCAGUCUUGGAAUGUGCGGCUUCUCUGGGAAGGCCGGGUUAAGGAGCUUCUGGUGAGCGCGGGCGUCGGGCUGGGUCCGGGUUCGUUCUCAUUGUCGCCUUCUGUUUCUUCGGCUUCGGGCAGCGGCUCGGCCCAGAGUGGAGGUGGGGGUCCUGGGAUGUCGUAUUGGCGUGGGGUUGGGGUCUCGGUGUUGUACUCUUCAUAG